AUGAGCGGAAAGGGCUGCCAACUCAUGGUGUCGCCAUGCACCGUGUCCCCGUCGCUAAGGAAGAUCAGAAGGCACGGGUCCCAAUCCAUCAAGGCGCCCGUAGCGUCCCCUCAUUGGGGCGGUCCCCCCUUCCCAUGUGUGGACAAGUCUACCACUGAGAAACAGAGCGGCAGCCACAUCGCCCUGCCGAGCCUGAGCCUCCGCAGGAAGGUGUUGACUAAUGGGAAGCAUGGCGCUAAGCUCUCAUCCCUGCACCAGAAGGAGCCUCCGGACACCACCAUGCAGAGAGGUAACUGGAGCUGUGCUGUCUCCAGGCCUGUCAUUGAAGUUCUUGGACAUCCAGCUAGUUCAAACCUAACGGUGACCAGUAUCCCGAUGUCAAUCCAUCCAUACGAUGUCACAUCAAGAGCGGCCCAUCACCCUCCCCUUGAUGCCAGGUCCUUGCUAUCCAGAGAAUCCCUGGCAUCCACCACCCUCAGUCUCUUUGAAACCCAGUCGGUGUUUAGCAGCAGGCACGACUGGCCGUUUGGCUACCGCGUGCUCCCCCCACUGGGACAGGCGCCAUGCUCCAUCCAGGCCAGCGAGGGCGGCGAGCAGCUCAGCCUCCCACCUGGCACUGCCAUGUCCGGCACAACGGCAUCGAGCGCAUCAGCCUCCCUGCCUUCGUACCUUUUCACAGGGGAUUCUGGUAGCCCCAGACAACCAAAGAAGAGAGCUCUUUCCAUGUCGCCAUUGUCUGACGUGAUGGGGAUUGAUUUCAACUCCAUUAUACGCACCUCACCUACAUCACUUGUGGCUUACAUCAAUGGCUCUCGAAGCUCACCGGCCUCCCACUCGACGCUCUCUCCAGUCCAGUCCGAAGGUUAUGGCCACUACUUGGGUGGGAAGGGCUCCUGGAUCCCCCAGCUUCAUUCCCACUUUGUCCCAAACUCCUCAAAUACUCUGGCUCCACUGGACGAGUGCACCCGCAUGAAGGUUCUCGAAGAAGGCGGGGUUCUGGAGAAUCAGGCUAACAUGGUAGUGGCGCAACAGUGCCUUUCAGAUCCACAGGAAGUGCACAGGACUUCAGAGACUAGUAGACAAGAGACUAGCAACAUUCUGCCCCCUCUGCAGCUACAACCAGCACAACUGACUGCUCAAGAAGUAACCAUUCCUCAGGGACCACCACCACCCUACCACUCCCACCAGCACAUCCACCACCUUCCCAGAAGUUACCACAAGAAGACUCAAGAUCUGCACAGCCAGGGUCCACCCCGGCAUGGGCUCGGCUUUUUACCCCAGGUCCCGAUGCUGGAGGAAGAAGAAGGUGAGCUGGAAGACUACGGGACCCACUGUUGCAUGUGGAUGGAUUGCAACGCAGUCUACGACCAAAAGGAUGAGCUGGUGAGGCACAUAGAAAAGAUCCACGUGGACCAGAGGAAGGCCGAAGACUUCACAUGCUACUGGGUGGGCUGUCCUCGCGAUCUUAAACCCUUCAAUGCCCGUUACAAGCUUCUGAUCCACAUGAGGGUCCAUUCGGGAGAGAAGCCCAACAAGUGCAAGUUCAAGGGCUGCAAAAAGGCCUUCUCUCGCCUGGAAAAUCUCAAGAUCCACCUGCGCAGCCAUACGGGGGAGAAGCCGUACCUGUGCCAGCACCCAGGAUGCUUCAAGGCCUUCAGCAACUCCAGUGACAGAGCCAAACACCAGCGCACCCACUUGGACACUAAGCCGUACGCAUGCCAAGUGGCAGGCUGUGCGAAGCGCUACACUGAUCCCAGCUCCUUGAGGAAGCACAUCAAGUCCCAUUCCAAUGCAGAGAGACAGUUACGAAAGAAGAUGAAAUCCACAGUUGAUGUGACCGAGGACCCACUGGCAGACUGUUUAACCAUCCACCAUCUGCACCCGAGCCUCUCUCCGCCAGACAACUUGACAGCAUCCUCCAGAGCUCCUUGUGAGCCAUGCUCAUCCGCUAAGCAGCGACAAGACUCCUCCCACAACCCCAGUUUGAAUCUGACACACACCCUUCAAGAUAAUCACAGGUUUGGUGAUCACCGGCUCUUCUGCGGGGACCCCUACCCACCUCCCUCUUGCCUCCCGCAUCCUCCCGACGGGACAUCCCAAGACAUGAAGCAACCUGGUCGGGCCCCUGACCCUGCAGCAGACUACAGCCCAGAGCUCUCAGGGCCGAUGGAGGCGCUCUAUUGUUACGACGGGAUGGACGCUUCCAGUCACCUGAUGCGAGUGGGCGACUACAGUGGCAGGGGUAAUCCCAACGGGCAAACCGCUCUUUCCUACAACACAGGGUUUGACGUCUAAGCAUCAGGAGGAGACUUCCUCAAUGUGAUGGACACCUCCUGUAACCACACGGAAGAGUGAAAUAAGCCCACUUGUGACCUUCCACACCUUUGCACUAGUUUUCUUCAAGGCAGUGGACAUCAUGCA